UAAAAUGGUGAAAAUGGCGGGCGGGUGGGCGGCUGCCAAAAGGGUACCCUCAUUGUACGGAUAACUCCUCCUACAGUUUUCAAAAUAGGAAGUUGUUCUUUUGCAGAUUAUUAAAUUGCUACAUGUACCAGAGGCAAAUCACAUGUUAAAAUCCAAUGUACAACGACUGGUGUUACAACAUGCAUCAUCAGAACAGAAGCUAAUAAGAAUUUCAAAAUAGAUAAUAUUUUAACGGGUCCACGUGGGGGAUUAAUACUGGUGUUUUAUUACAAAUGUAAUGACAUUUCGGUCAUCGACGUCAAGAACAGACACCUGCGUUACGUCAUCAACAUGGCGUCAGAGCUUAAGUUCCUGACUGAUUCUCUCUUUAGCGUGGAAAUAUCGCCGGAUGACAGCUACCUACUGUUGACAGAGAGAAAAACACCGAAAGGAUACAAGCCCAAAUCAAAAUUAGACUAUAUACCUGUCAUCUAUGAUGUAGAAAGUAGGACGGCAAUUGAUUUAUUUGAUCGGUAUCAGGAUGUGGAGAAUUUUAUUUUACGAGGAAAGAGCAAGAUAUCUGUAGAUGAAGUCGCCAUUCUCAAUAAAAAUCAAAUUGUGACGUCACACGAAGACGGCGUCGUACGGGUCUGGGACUCAAAAACAGGUAAAAAAUUGCACACACUGCAGGGACAUUCGUCUUCCAUGGAAUUAUAUUCAGCACUAGGAAAUUCCUACUUUUUAUCUAAAACACUAAUGGACACGGAAGAGACGUUCCGAGUGUGGGAUACAACAUCAUUUAGAUGUGUGACCUCUUUCAGGCACGAUAAUUACCAAUCAAAAGUGGUCAACCUAGAUGGUAACCGGGGCUUUGUAUCAUGCGAGGCAAAUCCAGCACGUGUUAUCCAUUGGACCCUGGAGAAUGGCUCUGUUGAACCACCCAAAUACAAGGAUCCCUCAGAAUUGUUUACAGGACGAGUUCUGAACCUUUCGACAUAUUUGAUUGACGAAACAGAUUUUUCUCAUGAUGAUGAUCAGGAUGACGAUGAAGAAGAAAAAUCGGAUGAUGAUGAUGAUGAUGAUGAUGAUGAUGAUGAUGAUGAUCAGGAUGAAAAUAAUGAAUUGUAAUGCACAGAAUGUAUUUUAAAUUGCUCAUAUUAUACCGAUAAUAAAACAAGGAUGAGAGAAUGAAAAUAAUGAAGUUGUCUAUGACUUUAGAAUUUGCUGAUGAGGAUAAAAAUAAAAUAUUAAUGGUGAUGAUGAUGACGAUGAUGAUGAUGAUUUUUAUGAUAAUGGUUACAAGUACAGUAGACAAAAUUGCUCAUCUAAAUAAAAUGUAAUUUAUCAUCUCACUAAUAUACCAAACAAUUCAAAAUAUGUACAACUGGAUAAAACUGACAAGAAAAUGGGUUUUUGUCAGGAGGUAUACAUGUAUUAAGGAUUUUAGAAAAAUAAAUGCAUCCCCCCUAACAUCAUCUUAACUUGUUUAUCUACCAUAAUAAAUACGGGAAGAUAUAUAGGGUCCAUGCCAAUAAAGACGCAAUGUAAAAAUUAACAUCUUAUACAUUGUGACGUCAUCAUUGAUAAAUGAUUUUAUAAUAUUUGUUACAUACAGAUUCGGUAUUUUUUUAAACAUUGUGAUAAAAGCCCUGUAAAACUAUCGAGAAGGUGAUGUCCUAAAUUGAUGACGUUGA